GUUAUCGUAACCAAGCGUUUUGGUAUUAACAGAAAAUUGUGUUAUAAGAUGUAUGCCUCGAAAACCGCGUCAUGUAUGGGGCCCCGCAUCAAGAAUUUAGUUCUGCUGUGGAUUAUAGUACUUGGAAGUAGUUCACUUAUAGUUAUAGUGUUUUAUGGUGACUCGCUGCCUUAUAUCAAGCACUAUGCAAGAUUUUAUUCAUUAUCGCAUCAUAUUGAAAAAUAUUCUAUAGAAAAAUCCAACACAUUUUACACUGAUGACGAAAUUCGUAAAAUGGAUCUCCAAGUGAAAGAUAUGAAAUCAUGCAAAGCUCACCCUUUGCUCGGUUCUAAUAAAACUCACAUUUGGGUUAGAAAAGAAAAUUUACCCUAUUACAAUUUAAGUAGUUCUACAAAUAUUGCUUGCUGUUAUAAAUCUUUUUACCGGCCGAAAUCGGUACACGACAUCACGUCUUCCAAAAUCGAUAAUCGAGUUAAAUACAACCCUUGUCGAUUUUUUUCUGAUUUUAUUCAAGUUGAAGAUGAAUUUGUCCGAGUUAAUUGUAGUAACGGGAACAAACUAUUUGAUUAUUUUUUCCUAUUUGCGCGUGAAAAGCAAAUCUCAGUCAAACCAAAGAUAGAUUUACCGUAUAACAUAUUGAUUCUAGGAAUAGACUCGGUAUCUAGAUUGAAUCUCCAUAGGACUAUGCCCAAAACUGUAGCAUUUUUGAACACGUUGGGUGCUAUAGAAUUGUUAAGAUAUAAUAAAGUAGGUGACAACACCUUUCCCAAUCUAAUACCACUUUUGCUUGGUAAACACGUUACAGAGCUGCAGGAAACGUGUUGGCCCAACAAGAAGCUCACGUUUGACAACUGUCCUUUUAUAUGGGACCGGUUCCAGCAGGCGGGCUUCGCCACAGCUUAUGGAGAGGACUACGCAAAUAUCGGGACGUUCAACUAUAACAAGCGCGGCUUCGCGGGCUCUCCCACCGACUACUAUCUUCGCACCUUCAUGGCCGAAGCUGAAACCUGUGCCAACGGAGGAAACUUCACAUUAUGCUUGAACGACAAAUAUAUCUUCAAAAUUCUUCUGGAUUAUAUCGAAGACCUUACAGCUUUGUCUAAAAGAAGUCUAUUCGGGUUCUUUUGGGAAAAUACAAUGACCCAUGACCAUUUAAACUAUCCGUCAGUGAUGGACGAAGACUACACAGCACUGUUUAAGAGGAUGCAUAGCUCGGGUUAUUUAAAUAAAAGUAUCAUUUUUGUUCUGAGCGACCACGGUUUCCGAUGGGGAAAAUUUCGAAAAACUAGACAAGGAUUUUUGGAGGACAGGUUACCCUUCGUGUUAGCAGUUACGCCUCCAUCUUUUCGUAUAAAUUUUACUGAGGCGUAUAAAAAUCUGGUACAAAACGUUCAUCGCCUAACUACACCAUUUGAUGUGCACGCCACUUUAAUCGACUUAAUUAAUCUGAACACCAUUGAAAAUGCUAAGAUAAUUUCCCGAACCUACGAUUCUAACUUUAAUCAACGAAGCAUCAGUUUAUUUUUACCAAUUCCGGAAAACAGAACAUGUGAAUCAGCAGCCAUAGAUGCCCACUGGUGUGUCGAUUACGGAAAUACUAAAGUAGAUUCCAAUAGUACUGAAGCGAGGGAGGCAGUAGAACAUGCAAUGUGGCAUCUGAAUAGCCUUCUUAAGGACUAUCCGCAGUGUGCUGAGCUCACUCUUGAUAAAGUGUUGCUUGUAACUCGACUGAUAUCUGAUAGCUCCAAGGAGAAAAUUAAGAAAUCAGUUGAGUUGACUGUAACGUUCAGUACGAAUCCCGGAGGAGGCGAGUUUGAAACAACGCUGGGGAGACAAGGCGGUCCCGGCAGCCCCUGGCUUCUGUUAGGCUCCGCAAGCCGAGUCAACGCUUAUAGCAACCAAAGCUACUGCGUACAAGAGCAACAGGAUGCUCAGUUAAAGCUUUACUGUUACUGUUCCUUCCGAUAA